CAAAAGAGUUGUGGCUGUAAGUGUAAACGUUGAUCGCGUGUAUCUCGUAGAAUAACGGGAUCUAGUAUUUUAGGAUUUGUACUUUUAACAACGUUAUGUCCCACCAGGAUUCAUAAGCUAAUAAGUUUUAAAACACUCAUAAAACUAUCUGUGUUUAUUUUCUCGAUAUUUGUGGAUUAGUUUCGCGAACACCCAGCGAUUUUUUUUGUUCAAGGCUUGCGGCGACUUUCUUCAGUUCAACUGUUGAUUCUCAAAGCCUGUGUGUGGAGUGCUGGAGUAGAAAUUUGAAACCCACUCGGCCAUGUUUGACCUGUGAACUGAGUGAGUGAAUAAGGGUCACAGUACAGGAGUUCCCCCUAUUCAAGAAGGCAUUGUGACAAGUGAAGCUAUGGUGACAAAAUUUUGUAAUUUAUAAGAGAAAGAAAUCUGACAAUAUCACCAUGAUAUCUGCAUCUGUCAGAAGUGUCAUCAUAUUCCUGAUAGUGGUAGCCAUCUUUGUGUCCAUAGCAACGGCAGCUAAGAAAGGCAGAAAGAAAAAGCAUGAGGCACCUAAAUGGAGAACGAACAGCAUGCCUAAUUUACAGGAAAUAGAUAUUUCAACUGUUGCUGGUGAUCCUAUACAGUUAGAUUGUUCAGCUAAAGGAAAACCUCGUCCUAAAAUACAAUGGAUUAUUAAUGGAGAAGAGAUUGAUCCAGACACACACGUUGAAUUUAAGUUAAAGAAGCAUAUGUUAAUUAUAGCUGAAGUGAAAUCAUCUGAUAAAGGAAACUAUACUUGUAUUGUACAUAAUAAACAAGACCGAUUAGUCUGGAGUUUUAAUGUUUCUGUUAUUAAAAAGAUCUGGCCCCUAGAAGUUGAAGGUCCUACCAAUAUUACAACUAAUAUUGGUGAUACAGUGACCUUUACUUGUAAGGUGAAGAAUGAUCCUAACGCUACAAUAAGAUGGUUGAAACGACAGGAACCCACGUCACAAAAACAUGAAAAAUUCGCAAAAACCGAGUUUAUUGAGAGUGGUCCAAAUCCAGAAUAUUUAAUUAUAUCUGAUAUUGGUAUUGAAGAUAAUGGAGAAUAUCGAUGUUUAGCUGGGAAUAAAUGGGGGGUAACCUACGAGACAGCUUAUCUUAAAGUAAUGGAGCCUACUACCACAGAGGAGAUGACGACAACCCCUAUGACGAUGCCAACAACGACGAUGCCAACGACAGAAGAUAUGGUAACGUUUUUCCCACCAAACAGACGACAGAAUGGAAAAGACCGCAAAAAUAAAAAUAAAAAACGUAAUAAAAAUAAAAAUCGUAAGAAGCACACGAAAGCUCCACCUGUGAUUUAUGAAGAACCAACGACGAUGUAUCCCCCUUUUACUCGGGAAUGGGAACCUAACCUCGAGAUGAAUCCGACUAGGAAUUACGAUGUUAUCCGACCAAGUGUUCACAGCACCAAUCAGAUUCCUGAUGUUGAAGCCGAAUAUAAUCCUUAUCCAGUAGAAAACGAGAACCAAAAGAUUGGUGGUCAGAUGGAAGGUGAAGACACGAUAAGUUUGUGGACUAUUUAUACGAUAGUAGGCUCUAUAGCAGGAGUUAUAUUGUUGUUAGGUUUGGUUGCUAUUACUGUGGCGUUGUGCUGUCGUCGUGAUAGUAACGGUGUAUAUAAAUCAACGCCUGUGUAACCAUGACAACUAUUAAUGUAUCUAUAUUUAGAUAAAGCAUGAUGCAUGACUAGAGGUUAAUAAUGUGAAAACAAGGAUUUACAAUGUUUCACGUUUUCAACACAAGUUGAAAUGAUGGAAGGCAAGGAUUUUAAUAUAUUUUGUGUAAAUAUUUAGGAAGUUUUGAAUGAAUAAUAUAUUUUGUAAUUAAUAAGAGAACAUGAGGAUAAUAAUAAUAUUACAAUAUUUCACAGCUUAUUGUGUUCAUUUGUGAUUUUCUCAGUAAUACGUGUGAGGAUAAGAGAAGAUAUGUGCUGGACUAUUUCAUCAAUAAACCUGGACUAACAUAUAAUAACAACAGGAGAAAUAGUCUGACUUGGUCGACUAGUAUAGGAUUACUUGGUCGACUAGUAUAAGAUUAUUUUGUAGACUAGUAUAGGAUGUUAGUGGGUGUAUCUUAUGUGAAAUGAGAAUUAAGAAUAAAGGAAAGUAUGAUAUGGUUGACGUUCACACUACAGGCGGGUAUGAGAGGAAAUACAAUCUGUUUGCAAAAAGAUUUGAAGAGAAAACUGAAAAAUUUAGCAGAUUUAAUGUACCUGUGUUUUAUACUUGUUACAUAUUUUAUAUCUAGCUAUCAUGAUUUUGUUUAAGCAUGGGGUAUCUCUCCCGGAAGAAUUCAAGGGAGAUAACUCUAGUUUUAUUUACUAUAGGUAUCUAGUAGAUGUUAACUGCACAAUAUGUAUGGAAUUCAUCUUAUUAUGGCUGUAAAAUACCACUUGCAUGUUCUGUGGAAAUGUGAUAUAUAAUAAUUAAUAGAACGAAACGUUAAAUAAAACAAGGUACAAUAAAGUGAAACGGGCUAUAACUCUAGAAAUUAUAAAUGAAAAUUGCUGGAAUUCAAUAGGCUUAUUUGUUGUACUAAAUUAAAUAAUGCAAGUAAAUUUAAUACAGAUCGGCAGAUAACUUUUGUCGUUAGAAGUUAGUAUUUUUACUGACAAAACGUUGGAUAAAACAAUGUUGUUUUUUUUUAUAUUGUAUUCUAUUAAUUAUUGUAUAUCAACUUAUCUGAAUAUCAAUUGUAUCAUUUUGACUAAGUCAAAAUUGAUCCCAUCAAAAUGUCUGUAAUUGGUUUGCGUUACCUGUUUCUGUUGAAAAUGUGGUCGUAUAUAGCCAUCGCCUCCAUCCGUCUGUCAGUCCGUCGUCCACAAUUUCUUGUGAACACUCUACAGACAACAUUUAGUGUUGUUUACAUUAGUGAGAUGGUUUAUUUUCAACAAUUUCCGUUAAUUACUCUUAGGGUUAUGGUUCUUGUUUCACUUUGUAGAACUUUUUGAACACUCUAACGGCAUAUUAAAUUUACAUGCAGUAUUGAAUUUAGUAAAACGAAUACAACUAUUGAAUUCCAGCAAUUUCCAUUAAUAACUUCUACAGUUAUGGCCCGUGUUUCAGUUUGUUGAACCUUGUGAAUGCUCUAUCGACAAAAGUUAUCAUUUGAUCUGUAUAGAAUUAACAUCAGUGUCUUGUAAAUGCUCACAAUACAUUCAAAAGAAUACAUGUGACAACCCUUGUCGACUACUAGGACAUGUGUAUCAUUGCCUGGCAACCUAUCUUUUAUUGAUAGUAAAUCCUUAAUGUUUAUUCUUGAAUUUCUGGAAAUACAGGUAGGAUAGUACAGGUAACCACCAUUUUAGAAAUAUAAAUUUAAUGAUGAUAUAUUUAGAACAUUGUACCCAGGUGUGAAAUUUUACCUGAGGUAGAACACCAUGACAUGUGUACAUGUAAAACAACCUUACUAUCCUAUAUAUAAUACAGAUAUACCAAUAGGAAUAUAAUUAAAUACAUUGUAUUCUAAAAUUACACAAAUAUUCACUUAAAUCUUCAAUAGCAACAUAUUUAAAUACAGAAAUAAUGACUUAAAUAGUAAUUUAUUAGUUGUGGCAAAGUUUUAAAAAAAAACCCCUAUUAUAUCAUUUUUUUCAUUCAGUAACAAUAAGUGAAAUAUUUUUAUCAUUUUUGUUUUAAAUAAUGUUUAAACUAUGAUUCUGUAGUAGAGUUACUGUAAACAAAAUUUUUUUAAUUUUAAGGACAUUUUAAAGUAUUUAUAAUGUGACAUAAAAUAACGUGAAAAAAAUGUAACAAUUUCCUUUCCUGGUCAAGUCCUAGUGCUUAAAAAAAAAUCAGAAAAAAUUGAAACAAUAACCACAAAUAUGUAAGGAUUUUUUUUUAAAGCUUUUUUAAAAAAAUUGAUAUACUUUUAAGUUUGUCCAUCCAGUCAGAGUUUGUCUAUAGUCAUGUACAUCCAGUCAGAGUUUGUCUAUAGUCAUGUACAUCCAGUCAGAGUUUGUCUAUAGUCAUGUACAUCCAGUCAAAUUAAGAAUUGUUAUAGUAAUAUACAAGAUUUAUAAGAGUUUUUAUCUUAUGAUAUAUAGAAAGAUAAGUACCAUUUACUUUACCACAUUCAACAUUUAAAACAGUAAAACUUUAUUAUUUCUUCAAACAGAUACGAGUAAAGUUAUUUAAGAUGUGAGUACAUUAAUUUAGAUGUGGUGUGGUAUUUUACAUGCCUGUAUAUCAUCCUAUAAUUAACUAGGAUAUGGUGUGGUAUUUUACAUUUGACCAGACCAAACAGGUAAAAUUUGUAUCUUGAAAAGCCAUUGACUUGAGUAAAGCCUUUCCUGAAACGAUGUUUUCUUUCAAAUUUCAAAACUUAAAAAUUUGAACCUAAAAGCUUUUAAAUUAGUUGUUUUUCCUGAAGAAGUAGGGAGCACAAUUUUAAUACAAAAAAAUUAAAUUUAGUUGGCCCACAUUUUGUAGAUAAGAUAAAACAGUCCAACACAAUCAAUUAAUACUUGAUUUGCUCAUAGAAAUAAUAUUAAAAUAUGGGGAGUAGUACCGGUAGGUUUCUUAAGAUUUAUAAACCGUCCUCAAGAAGUUUUGUUAAUUAAAAUUUUGUUUAAGAAAUUAAAACAUAAUUGUUUUAAAAGCAUUUAGAUUUUUUUAAUUUUAUAUUAUAAACUUACAUUUUCAUGCAAGAAAUGGGAAGAUUGUUUUAAUUAAGAUAAUAUUAUUUUGUAAUUUGAUUUGCAUUGUUUUUUAAUCAUAUAUUCUUGUAUCGUUCAUUUUCAUAGUAAUUUUACUAUUUUAUUAUAUUGUAGUUUGUAUUGUUUGCUAAUUGUUGUUUUAUGUAUUUUUUUGUGUAUUCUAAGUCGUCAUGUUUUCAUUAUACCCACAUAUAUAUGUAAUUUUUGUAUGAAUAAUGUGCCAGUUGAGGCAUACAGUUGUUGGUUUUAUGAUGUAAAUGAAAUGAAUUGUACAUCAGUGCAAUACUUUAGUGUCAUUAUGAGACUAACAUAUGAUUAAAUUUCCGUGGUCACAUGCACAAUGGUAGGGAGGAGAGUUUGGCCUGGGCAGCAGCUUUUUCACCUGGUUUAAAGUCAUACAUAUCUAAAGGAACAUGAAUAUCAUUAGUUAAUAGUUCAUUGAAAUCUUGUAUUUAUACUAAAACUAAUCUCAUCCAAUAAAAACAGCAUUUCUAUUAUUUAUGCCAGUGUAUAUUAAUAUUUAGCCAUAGUUGUUUUAUUAAUAAAUCAAUUUCUUCCUACCUCUAAACAAACAGAUCUGAUAAAUAUUUACAUAUUAAAUGUACAGUUUAUUUAAACUACAGUAUGUUACAGUGGGUGUGACAAUGACCACUUUAAUACUCAGCUAUUAGAUGUCUUCACAUACACGAAGACCAUGAGUAAACUUGUACCCCAUGUUUUGUGAUUGUUGAAUAACCUAAAUUAGUGGAAAAGCCAUGGGAAUCACAAUAUCUCCAUUCUUGACAAGUUACACAACAAAACAAUAAGGGCAUAUAUCUGUAACAUUAUACAAUCCUUUCACUCCUCGAAAACACUUAACCUGUGUCACUACUAAUAAUAGAAAUCCAACACCAUAGUCAUAAUUUUCACAUUUUACCCAAUAAAAAUUUAAGUAAAAUGAAGAUUGUACGUUUAAUUGUGAAUAAUUAUAUAUGUAUAUAUAUUCUCAUGGUACUUGUUAGUGUAAUAUAUAGUGUGCCAUAUUAGAAAGUUUCUAGUCUUUAUUUUUAAAAUAAACUGUUUGUAUCAUACCAUAUCACUACUACCCUUCAUUAAACAUGCCCCAUUAUGGUGCACUGAUUGCUUCCGUCUGUCAACACGCCAACAUGCCCCAUUAUGGUGCACUGAUUGCUUCGUCUGUCAACACGCCAACACGCCGGGAUUGUGGUAGGAAUAACUUAUUAGAAACUAUAAAACAUUGCAAAAUUAUAGGGAAAACAAGUUACUUAGAAUAUAUCCUACAUGUUAUUGUAUUCAGUUACUACAUGCCGCUUAAUUUAAACUAGCAACUUUUAACGUAAUACGUCUAUUUCCAGGUUAUCGAUGCUAGGUAGUAAUGUACCACGUGGUAUAUAUCUUUAUUUUACAAUUCCUGUCAUUUUGUACAAUUAUUUGAAAACCAAAUCUGUGUAUUUAUAAUCUAUCUAGUAGUUUUAAAGGUGAACAAGCACGUGGUCAAUCACCACAGUUAUGUGUAAUAAGUAAUAAAUUUUUCUUUUUAACAA